CUUCUACCUCUUUUUCUUUUUUUUUUCUUAUUAAGCAUGUCAUUAAGCAGGCCAAGAUUUUUUACAACCAACAAAAGGGGCGAGAACUUUGAGCUCAAAUCUGAAUUGAACAGCGAAUAUCGUCAUCAUCGCAAGGAUGCUGUUAAAAAAGUUAUUGCCAAUAUGACAGUGGGCAAGGAUGUCAGUGGAUUAUUUCCUGAUGUAUUAAAGAAUAUGCAGACAGAAGACCUCGAGUUAAAGAAGUUGGUGUAUCUUUACUUGAUGAAUUAUGCUAAAACACAACCAGAAUUAGUCAUUCUCGCUGUUAACACGUUUGUAAAGGAUUCAGAUGACCCAAACCCUUUAAUUAGAGCUUUGGCCAUGCGUACUAUGGGUUGUUUAAGAGUAGAUAAAAUUAUCGACUACUUGACCGAACCUCUUCGUAAAUGUUUAAAGGACGAGAAUCCAUAUGUUAGAAAGACAGCUGCUGUCUGUGUUGCCAAGCUUUAUGAUCUCAACCCAACAUUAGCGAUAGAACAGGAUUUUGUCAAUAUGGUUAAGGAUAUGAUAGCCGAUGUGAAUCCUAUGGUCGUCGCAAACGCUGUGAUUGCCUUAUCUGAUAUGAACGACGCUACACCUGGUAAAAACAUUUUUGAAAUCAAUUCCAACAUCGCAAACAAGUUGCUUCAUGCGUUGAAUGAAUGCACAGAAUGGGGUCAAAUAGCUAUCUUGACAGCCAUUGGAGACUAUAAAGUAACAGAUAGUAAAGAGGCUGAGAGUAUCUGUGAUAGAGUUAUACCUAGAUUGCAACAUGCUAAUGGAGCAGUCGUGUUGGCUGCUGUAAAAGUAUUGAUGAUCAACAUGAAAUAUGUUAAAGAAGAGUCCUUUAUCAAGUCUAUUUGUAGAAAAAUGGCCCCUCCUUUAGUUACCUUGCUUUCAAGUCCUCCUGAAGUUCAAUAUAUCGCACUGCGUAACAUCAGUCUAAUCUUGCAAAAAAGACCAGAAGUACUUAGUAAUGAAAUCCGUGUGUUCUUUUGCAAAUACAAUGACCCACCUUAUGUGAAAUUGGAAAAGCUUGAAAUUAUGAUAAAGCUAUGUAACGACAGAAAUGUGGAUCAGCUAUUGAGUGAACUACGAGAAUAUGCAAAUGAAGUCGACGUGGACUUUGUUCGAAAAUCUGUACGUGCAAUUGGUCGAUGUGCUAUCAAGAUUGAUGAAGCUGCUGAACGCUGCAUCAACGUAUUACUGGAUUUGAUUAAUACUGGUGUGAGUUAUGUCGUGCAGGAAGCCAUCGUUGUCAUCAAGGAUAUAUUCCGUAAAUACCCUCGCAAGUAUGAAGGAAUUAUUCCUACCUUGUGUGAAAAUCUCGAGGCUUUAGAUGAGCCUGAAGCCAAGGGUUCAUUAAUUUGGAUCAUUGGUGAAUACGCUGAAAGGAUCGAUAAUGCAGACGAUUUGUUGAACGUUUUCUUUGAUAAUUACCAUGAAGAAAACUCUCAAGUACAACUUCAAUUGUUGACGGCAACAGUGAAAUUGUUUUUGAAAAAGCCCAACGAAAAUCAAGAGUUGGUUCAGCGUGUCCUACAGACAGCUACAACAGAAUGUGAUAAUGCUGAUAUCAGAGACAGAGCAUAUAUUUAUUGGCGUUUAUUGUCAACAGAUCCUCAGGCAGCUAAGGCGGUUAUCUUGAGUGAAAAACCUCCUAUUGCAGGUGAAAACGAUGGGCUAUCUCCUGCAUUGCUUGAGACGUUGAUAUACGAUAUUGGUACAUUAGCCUCUGUCUAUCAUAAGCCUGCUGAGACAUUUGUUGCUGGAAAGAAGUUUGGUGCAGAUAAUGUAAACAAGACUCUUACUGAACACGCCGAAGAUGACGAUGUCAAUGCUCCACCUCCUCAAAUACAAGCUGCUAUCAAAAAUAAUGAUAUUGGUAACUUGCUUGAUUUAGAUUGGGACGAGCCUGCUGCUGAAACACCCAAGUCACCUGUCUCACCUGCACAACAGACUCAACAAGGAUCACUUAAUGACUUGCUAUCCAUUGGCGGAUCUUUCUCAAUGAGUCCACAGCCUGAGAACGCAAAACCUGUCACUAAUACAAACGAUAUCUUGAGUCUAUUCAAUACAUCACCCACUACUACUACUACUACUACUACAAUAACAACUAGCAUGAAGCCAGCCAACACUCAACCCGUCAUGGAUCUUACAGAUGAUCUGUUUGGAAUCCCUACGCAGACUUCUACAACAAACACAGCCAAUACACAGCAAAAGAGCCCAACAAAGGAUCCUUUUAUAGACCUCUUAUGA